UGACUCAGCAACGCGUGGGGGGAGUUUUGUCCCUCCGCGGACCCCGUUUCUCUCUGCCGUCCGCCACCGCUGAGCCGGUUUCCUCUUUCCGGCGGUCGGGGUGCGAGAGCCAGGUCGGGCCGCUUAGGCAGCGAGCUGCUGUGCAGCCCCGGCUCUUGCCUGAGGACCCCGAAACUACCGUUCCCCCGCCGGGCAGCGUGGGCGCCAUGAACGACGCGGGUGAGGCGCCACUCCUCCCCGCCGAGGCAGGACUGAAUUCGGAGAAGGUAGCUGCUCUGCUUCAGAAACUGAAUUCCGAUCCUCAGUUCGUACUGGCCCAGAAUGUCGGCACCACCCACGACCUCCUGGACAUCUGUCUGAAGAGGGCCACGGUCCAGGGUGUUCAGCAUGUGUUCCAGCACGCCGUGCAUCCUGAAGGCAAGCCCGUCACCAACCAGAAGAGCUCAGGGCGAUGCUGGAUCUUUUCUUGUCUGAAUGUUAUGAGACUUCCAUUCAUGAGAAAAUUAAAUAUUGAAGAAUUUGAAUUUAGUCAGUCUUACCUCUUUUUCUGGGACAAGGUUGAACGCUGUUAUUUCUUCUUAAAUGCUUUUGUGGACACAGCCCAGAAAAAGGAGCCUGAGGAUGGUAGGCUGGUGCAGUAUUUGCUUACGAAUCCUGCAAAUGAUGGAGGACAAUGGGAUAUGCUUGUCAAUAUUGUUGAAAAAUAUGGUGUUAUCCCUAAGAAGUGCUUCCCUGAAUCUUAUACAACAGAGGCAACCAGAAGGAUGAAUGAUAUUCUGAAUCACAAGAUGAGAGAAUUCUGUAUACGACUAAGGAACCUGGUACACAGCGGCGCAACCAAAGGAGAAAUCUCAGCCACACAGGAUGCCAUGAUGGAGGAGAUAUUCAGAGUGGUGUGCAUCUGUUUGGGUAAUCCACCAGAGACGUUUACCUGGGAGUAUCGAGACAAAGAUAAAAACUAUCAGAAGAUUGGCCCCAUAACACCCUUGAAGUUUUACAAGGAACAUGUCAAGCCACUCUUCAAUAUGGAAGAUAAGAUUUGUUUAGUGAAUGACCCUCGGCCCCACCACAAGUACAGCAAACUUUACACGGUGGACUACUUAAGCAACAUGGUUGGAGGGAGGAAAACUCUAUAUAACAACCAGCCCAUUGACUUAUUGAAAAAGAUGGUUGCUGCCUCCAUCAAAGAUGGAGAGGCUGUAUGGUUUGGCUGUGAUGUUGGAAAACACUUCAGUGGCAAGUUGGGCCUCAGUGACAUGAAUGUCUAUGACCAUGAGUUAGUGUUUGGUGUCUCCAUGAAGAACAUGAAUAAAGCUGAGAGGCUGACUUUUGGUGAGUCACUUAUGACCCACGCCAUGACCUUCACUGCUGUCUCAGAAAAGGAUGAUCAGGAGGGUGCUUUCGUGAAAUGGAGAGUGGAAAAUUCGUGGGGUGAAGACCAUGGCCACAAAGGAUCCUGUGUAGAGAAACAAAGGAUGGCGGGUAUGUCUUCUCUGCUGAAGAUUAAAGGAAAUGGGCCAGAGUUUUAGCCAGACAUCUGAAUUGGAAGAACUUGCUAACUUUUGGGUAAGCUCGGAAAGGAGAAGGUAUGAAUUGUCUUCCCCUGUAACUCUUUGAAUGACACUCUCACCUCUGGAAGUUCCUUGCCAGCCCCAGGAUUCCUCUUGAGACAUGUAGAGUCAUGCUGACCCUACACAUCCAAGAAGCCAGGACCUGAUGAUGAGACAUUCCUCCAGGAUGUGGUUGUGGAUCCUUCUAUGUGCUCUGGCUUGUCGUCAAAGAGUAGCUGAAUUCUUAUUUGCUGUUGGCAGGGCCAGGGCACUUGCACUUUAAUUCCCAUUUCUCCGGCCGUGUGGCAUGGGUGAGCCUUGUUGCUGACUAUGCCAUAGUCAUUGGUUAAGUUGGAUUUUUCCUUUUAAGUGAUAUCAGAUUAGCAUUCCCAUAGUUAGGACAACUUGUUCAGAACCAGUCUUGCUUCUUAGGAAGAUGACUAUUCUUCCUUGGGGUCUGUGACACAAUUUGAUUGAGAACUAGGAAUCAGUUGGCCAGAGUUGUUUCGUUUUGCUUUGUUUUCCUUUUCAAAAUCCAAGCCCUUUACACAUUACCACAAAGGGAAAGGAAGAGAGGGAGGGAAUGUCUGAUUCAUAGAAGCUGCAGUUACUUGGGAACAGGAUUGUGUGAAGAUGGGAAGCCCUUCUGCACUCGUCUUUCUUGGUACGGUUUGAAUGCUCCCUGCUCUCUCUCUCUUGCUUACUCCUGUAGAAAAACUCUAGUAGCUCCUCUUGAAGUGGAUGGAAUGGGCUCUGGAAUCAUCUCUCAGGCUAUCCUAAGACAGUUUUUUGUUUUAUUUUUUAAAAUUAUCUGCUUUGCAGAAGAAUGGAGCAUCUGAGGCAGGGUGGGUACAUGGUGGAAAGUACCAGAGUGUGCGCUCACCUGGGAGGGGCCUUACAGGUUAUCUCGUCCACACUGCCCCAAGAUGGAUAAGGAACCCUUUAAGUUCUCCUUGGACACAUUCGGUGACAGGAGCGCACAGCCUCCUCCCUUGUGGCCCUGACCCGCCUCUCAGGACUCAGCUGCCUCCCUUCUCUUCUGUUCCAACCAACCGCCCUCCGCCUUGUUGAAAUUCUUGUUUAUUUGUAUGUUUAGUUCUGUUCUCCCCAAAGUCAGUACUCCCUGUCAGCUCCCCAAGGGCGGGGGCUUUGUCUUGCUUGCCACUGCAUUCACAAGCCUGGUUCACCGUAAAUACGGUUGGCUGCCUGAUUGAAAAUGCCCUAAAUUCUGACAGCUAUACUCAAUUAAAAGUUUCUACAUAGGGACUUCCCUGGUGGUGCAGUGGUUAAAAAUCCGCCUGCCAAUGCAGGGGACACAGGUUUGAGCCCUGGUCCGCGAAGAUCCCACAUGCCGCGGAGCAAUUAAGCCCGUGUGCCACAACUACUGAGCCUGUGCUCUAGAGCCCGCGAGCCACAACUACUGAGACCGUGUGCCACAACUACUGAAGCCCACGUGCCUAGAGCUCAUGCUCCGCGACAAGAGAAGCCACUGCAAUGAGAAGCCUGCACACCGCAACGAAGAGUAGCCCCCGCUCGCCACAACUAGAGAAAAGCCCUCACGCAGCAAUGAAGACCCAACACAGCCAAAGGGAAAAAAAAAAGUUUAUACAUAGAUCUGAAGUGGGCUUCCCGAUAACUUGCCGAGUAGGGACAAUUAGAAUGAGAACAAAGCCCCCGUGGGUCUUCAUAUUUCAGUGCUUAACAGAAAGGUCUAGCUUUCCUGGUGACGGGCAUAAGGGGAGUAGAAGAGAGGGGGAAACCCUCAAAAGUUUACUCCACUUUUUUCACUGCUUGCACCUUUCUUUCUUCAAAUCAGCCCAGCAGAGUGAGUAUCCCAGCGACUUUGGACUCAGGCAGACGGCUCGGCUGAUCUGCCUGGAGCCAUGUAAGCAGGGACAAGUCACCAAACCUCUCUGAGCCUCGGUCUCCACACCGUCUUUAUUGAAAAGCAUUUUGAAAUGUAUUAGAUAGGAAAAGCCACAGCUUGAAAAGAACUAUAUCUUAAAUAACACUUACAGCAAAAUAUAGCCAAAGGGUUGAAAAGACUGCAUAUUACCCACAUGUGGUAGGAAAAGAACAAAAGAGGCUGCAGAUAAUGUGCCUGGGAGAGAGAGGCUCAGUAAGUGGGAGCCGUUGGUAAUAACCAGUUCUCACAGAGCUUCUCCAGUGUGUCCAUUGUGUGAGGCCCUCUGGGGCUUAAAGCAAUUCCCUGCUCUCCAGAAACGUGCCGUGUAGUUGGGAAAAUAAGAUGUAUAUGCACGAGCCGGUUGCAACAGCAGAUGACUUGUCUGAAGUUUUCCAGUAAAUACCAUAAUUGUUAGGAAAGAGCUUGAAGUUGGAGAAGGAAAAGAAAAGCUGACCGGUUUUAAACUAACUUCUGACCACAGUGACCACAGACAUCAAGGAUGAGGGUGAUCAGUUUUCCAAGAAGAGACUAAGGGAAAAUCUCCCUAUAUGCAGAGGCCCAAGUUAUCUUGAAGUUCCUGGAGGAGAAGAAGAGCUAAGGAGGGGGUGAGUGUAAUCUUGAGCAGGCCAAGAAAGCUGGGAGUGGGACGGAGGGGAGAGGAAUGACUUCGGGGGCUGGAAGCAGAGGACUUGGUUCUAAAAAGAGUCCUGUCCCUCUUGAUCGGAUCCUGAGCAAAGCCCUGGAUGUCACCUCUUGGCUCACAGCAUCCUGGUUAGAAAAUUAGAGAAAACAUUUGCCUCCUUCCUGAGGGAACAAAAGAAAAUGACAGUGGUCCUGAGUAAUUUGGCCCCGUUUGGGAAGGAAACAUGUCUGCGCUGCGUGAAGUGGAGCUGAGAAUCUUCCAGGCUUUUCCCCUGCUUUGCCACAAGCUCGGGGCCCUUAGAACAUCUUCCUGUGUUCUUUCUUUCCCCUCUCUUUUUUUUCUUUCUUUCUUCCUUUUUUUUUAAAAAAAAACUUUUAUAAAUGUUUUAAAAUGUUGCCUUUCUGAAAAGGUUUUAUAAAAAUAUUACCUACACAUGGCAAAUAUUUAAAUAAUACAGAAGGGAAUACAGUGAAAAAGCAGGGUUCCCUUCUACUUUUAAUGUCCCUUCCCUCCAAGGCACUUACGAGUCCCAGUUUCUUCUACAUACUUAAAAGCGAUUUCAAUACGCAGAGAAAACUGCCUCACUCCUUUCACUGCUGGCUGUUUCUCCAUUGUCAGAUAUGCCACGGUUUACUCACCAGUGCCAAGGGCACUGGUUCUUAGGACACUUUAAGUCUGCUAAGAGUGAAAGGCAUUUUCCUAGUCAUUCAUUGCCAGUUCUCGCUUAUGGGGCCUGCUGUAUGCAGACACAGUGCUGGGUGUUGAGACGUGGAGAGAGGCAGAGCCCCUUCCCUUGGGAACUCAGAGCCUAGCGGAGGAGGUGGGCAUUUAGGAGACAUCUGAGGGCUCUCACAGGUCUGUGCGUGCACAGGGCUGGCGUCCCGCCCUGGUACUCUGUGCUGCUCCCGGCUGCGACUUCUCCGCCAAGGUGGAAAGUAAAAACAGCUGCCUUCCAGAAUGUGGCCCUGGCUAAGGUGUUCAGAGUCAGGGGAGGGAAUCCUGUAGCAAGGAAGUAAAAACCAAAAACCUUGGAUCAAAAAUAUCAUAGAAAGAGCACGGGGAAGUCACAAUACCUGUAAAAUCUGGGGGAACAGGGUUUGUUUAGCAAAGGCAGUAGGCUCAUAAGAAAUGGGAGAGAGGGGGCCAGGAAAAGGUGACCAAAGACACAAGUCAUCUACUUCCAAAUGUCCUCUGCCUUCCUCGGGGCAUUCCUCUCCCACCCCCCCCACCCCCCCCCCCGCAUGUCAAGUUCCUGGCACUCCUGAAAGGGCUUUUCGUCUCCUCCCCUUGGCCUUGCUUCAUGGAUCAGACACAGCCUCCCAUGGGGGGCUCCUACGUAGAUCUCUGUGGGCAUGAGCCCAGGGUUCACAGUGGCAGCGAAUCCUGCCCUGGAGGUGCUGUACCCCUCGCAUGGUUGACCGUGGACCCCAUCACCAAAACUAUGCCACGUCCCAGGAGAAACAAGGGGGUCCUGUGAGACACUCUAAAGACUGGAGUACUGAGAAAGAGCCCACAAGAAGGGAUGGGUGGGCCUUGUCUUCCAUUAUUGUGAUUUACACCGUGUGUCCCAGCCUGGCUCCACAGGCGAACAGUUGCUGGGCCUUGAGACGCGCAGGAAGUGGGUCUCCUUGGUGGCGGUGUCUGUGUGUGGUGAGGGAGAAGGAGCUGGGGAGAGGUUGGAAAUACUUAGACGUGCUCUUUACCUCUCAAAGCGAGACUGCUUAUUCUGCAGCCUCAUAGCAGGCUGGAGGCCCUGCUAUUUCUGAUCUAGAGCUAGUGGAGCAAAGAGAAAGUCCUGCUGAACCAUGAUCGCCCAGGUUCACGGCAUCAUUGACAGAUGCACUGUUUUCCCAGACACCAGCCGCCGAGCCCCACAGGUUCUCCUUCGGUGUCUGACUCCAGUCUCUUCCCUGUGUGUGCUGGUGCCUGCCUGCCUCACACCUGCUUCACAACUGCACUCACGGUCUAAGGAACCCGUCUGCUUCCUCCAGCCCAUGUCAGUCCUCCCUGGGAACACUGCUUUCGUCAAUGCCUCUCCCGCUCAGGGCUCCCAAAUGCCUUCCAUGCUCAGCACAGCCCUUCUCCCUGACCCCCAAGGGCAGAGGGUGUGUCCUCCUCGGGGCCUGGCGUGGAGCAGGUGCUCAGUCGGGAAGGAGCUUUGAUGGAGGCGGACAGCUGGGAAGGGUACAGGGCUGCCCUCUCUUGGGCAGUGGAUAAUGUCGGUCCACUCACCCCGAUCGGGAGGCGAGGAAGGGCGGUCGAGUGGACCCCCCCCCCCCGCCCCCCGGCAGUGGGACCAGGUGCCGGAACUAAGGAGCUCCACCAGGGAGGGAGUCCGGAUGCUGGAGAAAGACAGGGCAGACAUGGCAACGAGCAUGGGAAGCAAGACAGGGAAGACUUCGCUUUAGGGAGGAGAGAGGCUGGAAUUGUUGAGGGGAAGCGGGGCAGCUGAGGCCAACUGGUCUCUGUGGGAUGACACCCACAGGGACAAGAAGAAGCGACAGCACAUGUGUAGAGAGAGGAUGGACCGUCUGCAAUAGUUCUGUGUGGACUGUGCCAGGGAGGCGGUGAGGAAUAAGGGAAAGGUCCAGUCUGGGUAAUCCCAAUGUCUUUCUGAUACCACCCCUCAGCCAGGGAGCGAGUGGGGAGAAGACUGGCCUGGGGUGGUCCAAGGCCGAGGAGGGAGGGAGGGUG